UGUUCGUCGGCGAUCCAUUGGUUACCGGCCAAAAAUUAAUAAGAGAAUAAUACUUCCUCGUCAAUGUCCCCCGCGGUGAAAAUUGCUUACAUUAGAUUUGAAAACAUUGCUACUAACUACGACAACAUUAUUAUUCUCAAGUGGUUUAACCGACAGAACUGAGUAAAGCAAUAUUCAUAAGCACGCGCUUCCUUGGAGUCGAAUAUUUCAAAUUUUCAAAGGCCUCACCUACAAUGGAUCCUGAUAAAUUUUGCGAUUUGAGCGACGAGUUUUUAAAGAAGAAGCUCUAUGACUGUAUGAUGAGCUCGUUCCUCCCAGACAAGAUAUCGCCAUCCCCUAGGGCACUGCUAAAUGGUUAUUUUGCGGAAAUUGUAACGAUUAACACGGCAGCGAGCCCAAAAUAUCUACGUUCGCCGCCACUUCAACACAGUCAUCAACGCAAGUAUCACAAACAUUCAAAAGACUUCGCGUUGCACCACGUUCAAGAGCAAUUCCUUGAGGAUAUUCCCGAGGAACAACCCGAACUGACGAGUGUCCUCGGAAACUGUCCGGAUCACCAGAAAGAGAAAUUGAAGUAUUUCUGUGAGACAUGCGAUGAGCCGAUUUGUCUUGAUUGUACGUUUUCGGAGCAUAGAAAACACAAGUUUUCGUAUCUCAGAGACGUNAAAAUUGCUUACAUUAGAUUUGAAAACAUUGCUACUAACUACGACAACAUUAUUAUUCUCAAGUGGUUUAACCGACAGAACUGAGUAAAGCAAUAUUCAUAAGCACGCGCUUCCUUGGAGUCGAAUAUUUCAAAUUUUCAAAGGCCUCACCUACAAUGGAUCCUGAUAAAUUUUGCGAUUUGAGCGACGAGUUUUUAAAGAAGAAGCUCUAUGACUGUAUGAUGAGCUCGUUCCUCCCAGACAAGAUAUCGCCAUCCCCUAGGGCACUGCUAAAUGGUUAUUUUGCGGAAAUUGUAACGAUUAACACGGCAGCGAGCCCAAAAUAUCUACGUUCGCCGCCACUUCAACACAGUCAUCAACGCAAGUAUCACAAACAUUCAAAAGACUUCGCGUUGCACCACGUUCAAGAGCAAUUCCUUGAGGAUAUUCCCGAGGAACAACCCGAACUGACGAGUGUCCUCGGAAACUGUCCGGAUCACCAGAAAGAGAAAUUGAAGUAUUUCUGUGAGACAUGCGAUGAGCCGAUUUGUCUUGAUUGUACGUUUUCGGAGCAUAGAAAACACAAGUUUUCGUAUCUCAGAGACGUUUAUCACAAACAGAAGCACAGCAUGGCUAGUUUGCUGGGACAGGGUAAAAACAAAAUUGAAAACACGCGAAAAUCUCUGAACGAAGUGAAGACUUUGUUGUGUAAACUUCAGGAAGAGCGUUAUUCAAUGGAAGAGAAAAUUCGCGAAAAUACUCAAACUUUAAUGGCUACUCUUCAACAGCAAGAGGAAAAACUGUUGGAUGAACUGAACAGCGCUUUUAGAACCAAAGAGAACUCACUUCGAAAAGAGAAGCAGCAUUUUGAGUCAAUUCUUGAACGAUUAAGCGGUAGUUGCCAAUACACAGAGAGGGCGGUCAAAUUCGGCAACGAACUGGAGAUCUUGGUCAUUCAAAAGCACUUAAAAAGACGGCUAAACGAAGUUUCGAACACUCGAAAGGAUUUCAAAGCGGCAAAUUUGACAAACGUGUAUUACUUCCCCGACCCGAACUCAAACGAGAUUGCCCGAAAAGCCCUCGGUUACAUUGUUGUUUCCGAUACAUGUUCGGAGUUAUCAAUAGCAAGUGGCGAUGGACUGGUAAAAGGUCACGUGGGCGCAGCGGCUGAAUUUGUUGUGACUGCCAAAGGUUUCGACGACCAUCCUAAAACCCGAGGUGGCGAUAUGAUAACUAUCGAUGUCCGAAGUCCUAAUAAGGCAGCUGUUUCGUCGGAAGUCGUGGAUAAGGGUGACGGAAGUUAUGCAGUCGCUUUUACACCGAAUUUAAACGGCGAGCACGAAGUGGGUAUCGCAAUUCACCGUCAACCCAUAAAAGGAAGUCCGUUUAAGGUGAUGGUCACCAAUCCCCGAAUUUAUAGCAAAAUAACUCGUCCAAUUCUGUCCAUUGGAAGCCUGGGAGAAGUUCGUGGGAAGUUUAAGCUUCCUUGUGGCGUUGCUGUCGAUGGCGAGGGCAAGAUUCUAGUAGCGGAUUGUCACAAUCAUCGCGUACAGAUAUUUGAUUCGCAAGGAAAGUUCGUCAAGAGCUUUGGAAACCUUGGAGAGAAAAACGGGCAGCUAAAUAACCCGACUGAUGUGGCAGUCGAUAAACAUGGAAACAUUGUUAUCUGUGACAAAGACAAUCAUCGAAUUCAGCGAUUCACGAAAGAUGGCGUCUUUAUCAACAAAUUUGGUGGCUAUGGUGAAAAUCAAGGAAAGCUAAAACGCCCUUGGGGAGUUUCCCUUGGGAAUAACGACGAAGUCAUUGUCACCGACCGCCGCAAUAGUAGGAUACAGAUAUUUAAAGAGGAUGGCAGUCUUUUGCGCGUGUUCGGUCGCCAUGGAAACGCCCAAGGAGAGCUGGAUCAGCCGUACCAUGCUAUCAUGAAUUCUAAGGGAGAAAUUUUUGUCACAGACAGUAACAAUCACGCAGUAAAAGUAUUUGAUCCCAACGGCAAUUUUGUACGGGAACUCGGUAAUGGGGAGACUAGCCAAUCAAUGCUAAAAUAUCCCACUGGUAUUGCUUUUGACAUGGACAAUCACGUGAUCGUAUCGGAUCAAUAUAACCACCGCAUCCAGGUUUUUAACGAAGACGGGAGCCUGGAGGCAACGCUUGCAUCUGGUCUUAACGGACUAGGACAGAAGUGCUAUCCCAAAGGUGUGGCUAUCACGCCGGGGGGUUUCAUCGUUGUCGCAGACAGUGACAACCAUCGAGUCAUUAUACUGUAAUAAAUGUCUGCAGAACGCCCGGAGUAUCCUAUUUAUUCGAUUAAACGCCGCUGUCGAAUAAACGUCGCAAAUGAGAGCAGAAUCAUCAAUAAGCGCAGCCCUAACGAGAAAUAAUGCGGCGUUUGUUCGAAAAUAUCAGUUCCGUCUUUAUAAUCUACAAUAUCCAGGCAAUUACGAUUCUAUCUCAGGAAGAAAGCUAGGGAGUUUUGACCAUCUUUCUGUUUUGUAAAAUAUUUACAAAUGAUGAAUUUUUCCUAAUUGUUGUCAGUGAUUUAAGAAAUGCGAUAUUUAUACAAUCGCCGUCGUCGAGUAAACGUCGCCUUUGAAGAAGCGUCGCAUCCCAAAGGCUAAUUUCUUUUAUAAAAAGCAGCGGUGUUUGAUCGAAUCAAUAAGAUAGGCUGAAUGCGCGCAAUUUAAUUUCAAAAUUACGCGAAAGAACAAUACGCAAAUUCAGUUUUGAUAUUCCUGAGAUCCUGCAAUAAGCUAGGGCCGGAAUUCAAAUCUAUUUUUUCGUACGAUAUUGAUCGAACAUAAGAUCUUAGAAUCUUUAAGUAGAACUUUGAUUUACCAUGAAUUAAAGAAGACCCCACCUGGUAUCUAUAAUCCACUUUUUUAACUUUUAAACUGUCUCAUAGUCCUAAAUUAGAAUAUCGGUCACCAAUCCGAUUGAUGCUAGAUUCUUGCCGGUACAUUGCAAUGUCUGUAAUACAAAUCUUUAUAAAAUUAUAAUAUAUCUUUAAUAUAUUUUGAUAAUCAUAUCUUAUUAGGCUAUUAUUCAUAUAUUAACGGGCAUAUUUUAGAAAUAUUAUUACUAUUAUUAUUAUUGUACAGGAAGACGGUACUGUACAUUUGUUUAUGUGUUUACAAGAAUAUAAAAAGAGUCGAUGUUUGUUUCGAUGUAAAGUCAAAGCUCUUUAACCCUUCCACUGCCAAAGUGUUUGAUGGAGUUUUGUAAGGUGACUCUAACUUUUGAGUCUGUGGACCAAAUCCUAUGAUGUGACCAUUGAAAUGAAAGCUCUCUGCAUGUACUUCCACAUGGUGCUAUUUGUUUUUCAAAAUUUCACAAAAUGAAAUUUCGAAAUUUGGUCGAUAUUUGCUUUUGGCUAAUUUUGGCAGUGAAAGGGUUAAAGAAACCGAAAGAUUGACUGUGAUAGCUAAUAGGUACCUUAAUCCAUUUAAGAGGUGUCCACCCUCUAGAGAGUCAGAUCAAGAGGAAUGACUUGAGAACAUUAUUGAUAUACACUAAGUUUCAAUCCUAAGGAUGAGUCCUUUUCUUAGUGGUGUUCUUGUAAAAAGGAGUGUUGGCUCUAGAGAAGAUUGAAAUAUAUUCACGCACGAGAAAUGAUAACGAUGAAGUUCACAGGACACCCAAGAUCGAUUCUUCUGCGCUCCCUGUUUUUGUUGCAAACCGAGUUUUUUGUUUUGAGGUAUUCGCAAAGGUUCU